AUGGAUUCAGGUGCAUUUGAGGGUGGGUUUGUUGCUGGUACUUCAGUGAUGGAGCAGCUCAUCAAUGGUGGUUCUGCCCCUGUUGUAGCUGGUGCUGGUGCUAGUGUUGCUGCCCCUGUUGCAGCUGGUGCUGGUGCUGCUCCAGGUGCAGCAAACCCUGUUGAUGUUGCUGCUCCUGUAGCUGGGAAUGGGGCUGUGCGGGCAAUGAGGUGGACCAACACCAUCUCUGGCUUUGUGCUAAGGAGGAUGGCUACCCUUGUUAGUGAUGGUAGCAGGCCUGAAAAGGUUUUUAAGGACAAAGAUGCGAAUUAUGUGGCCAAAGCCCUCAAGCAGUUCUGUGGGGAGGCUCAUGCUAUCAUGCUUGAGCAAGAGCACUACCUUGGCCACUGCAAGGACCAUCCUAAAGAUGCAGAGUUUCUUAACUGCCCUAUUAGGUUCUACACUGAGAUGGAGGCUAUCUUUGCUAAUGCCAUGGCCACAGGCAAGUUUGCACUUGGGUCUGGUGAAGCCUUAGGGCAGAACCAGGCUGACAGUGUUGGUGCCAAGGCUGAUGCUGCUGGCCCAAAGAGGAAGAGAGGGAACUUCUCUGAGGAGGAGAUGCUCAUGUUGACUAAUAUGUCAGAUGCUGUGAACAAUGUGGCCAAUGCUCUUAGGAAGACUGGACCUGCCCAUGUUGAUGUCAAUCUGUACCUUGUUGUGAUGGAGAUGCCUGGCUUCAGUGAGGAGACACUUAUUGUUGCCUACACCUUCCUCCUGGACAACAAGGCCCAAGGUAGGGGCUUUGUGAACAUGAGUGAUGCCCACAGGGCCCUUUGGCUUAGGACCUUCCUGGUCAAAAACUACUAUGUGUAG